UUUAAUUCAUGUUAAUGUUAUUUUCCGAUUUGCGUGUAUUUCAAUUAUAAUCUUUAUUGUUUACUAGUUCUACAACACGUUCUGCAGAAUAACUCAUCAAAUAAAAAUUAAUAUUACAUACCUGGAUAGUCACUUUAAUUCUUGUAAUAUGUUGACGAAUUAUCAAUAGAGGUAUCAAGUAUGAGUAACUGUAUAGAAACGGUUUCCAAAUAUUUGUCUUUCAACGACCUAAUGAUCUUAUUUAAUUAUUUAUAAGUCUGUAAAAUCCAUUAAAAUUGUAUGUUAUGGCUCCUGCUAACAACGAUCGCCAAGCUGGCCACACGGGAACCAUACCCAAGACAAAAGUGAGAAACAAUUGCAAUGUACCACAAGAAGCUGUGACUCCCACAAGAAGAGAUAUGACUACUAAUCUAGGGACGACAUCAUUAGAUUGGGUGCCUGUCUCGGAAUAUAAUACAAGAUCUAACUAUAACCAGUCAAGAAAGCCAUCUAACAACACUUCUGAUCAUGAACUGAAUGAUUUAGAUAAUCCAGUAUCUUUUGAGAGUGGAUUUGGAAGGUUUGUACCAGUGAGACCCCAACCCCGUGCUCUGCCCUUGAAUGUACAAAACCGUGAGAACAUAGCACCUGAACAGCAUGAUGAGGUUCCUGGUUCCUCUAUGUCAGGUCACACCUUGCAUCCAUAUGCACAUCAAAUGCAAAAUGGUCUUACUCCUCAUGCUAAUUCCUCACACCAUGCAGCUGCUGCUGUAAUGAUUGUGAAUCCUACAACUCCUAAUGCAGUUACAGGAACUAUGUCACAACCAUUUAAUGCAAAUCAAAAUAGAAAUAAUUUAUCAAGGAAUUUGAACCCUGCUCGCAAUAAUUUUGAAGGAAGCAGUCAUCCAAGCAAUACUAAUAAUAAUAAUAAUACAACCCCACCUAUUACUAACUCUAGGUCAGGAACAAAAACAGUUAAUAUAAUGAAUAACAUGUAUGACCAAGGACAAAGUAAUUUUAAUAAUCUCAAUGAGCCUAAUCAUGUUCAUAGGGAAUCAGCACGGGCUUUAGGCGAAGCUAUAGUGGCAGCCUGCCCUGAUGCAGCGGCAGUAGAGCGUCGUCUUGGACAAAUCAGGGAAUACAUAAGAGUUACUUCAUCUCUCGUUGAUACGAUGCGUAACUCUGAAGAUGAGGCUUUUAUUGAGCACACAAAAGAAGAAUAUGAUGAACUAGUACAAAUGGUGAUGACUUUAAAAGAAAGUGAAACUAAGUUAGAAAGUAUGCUGUUGGAGAAAAGUAGUCCUGAAAAUAUAGAAAUGCCAGCUGAAGACAUUUGUGAAAACAUUAGUGACAUGAAUUGUGAGACGGCUACUGAAAAAAGCCAACUGUCAGAUUUGCCACCAAGUAUAAAAAAUAAUGAUAAUUCUCUAAAUAGUAAUCAUCUUAAAAAAGUUACAAAUAUAGAAAAUGAACAAUUGAAUAAAACUUUACAUAUAAUGAAUAAUGCUGAUGAUACUUCUAGUGAAAUUACUGAAAUUGAAGCAAAUUUAAUUGGUUUAAUAAAUGAGUCUAGUAUUUUAGAAAACACCAGUAAUAGUGAUAUACCUAAAACUAACGAAGAUUUUAAUAAUAAAAUGGAAAUAGAAGAGAUAGAAUCUAUUCCUUGUUCUGAGAUGGAAGGAAAUAAAGAUGACCAACAUUUGAAAGAGAUAUUAAGAAAGAAUAUAAUUUCAUGUGUUGAAAAAGUUGCACUCAUAGAGGAAUUGAAAAACAAAAGUAGAGAUUGUAGCUCUUCUAAUAGUAACCGCGAUAUGCAGGAUAUUGUCACUAGACCUGUGUCGGUACAAAGUAAUGAAUCCAUUUAUAGUGACAAUGAACUUUGGCAAAAUGAAAUAAAAAGCAAAAUGGAAUUAUCACAAGUUCGCUUGGCUGCACUGAAACAGCAACAAAAAAGACUUCUUAAAUGUCAGGAGGAAGCAAAGCAACAAUUAGAAGAAAUGAAUAGAGAAAGACAGUCGCAGGAAUUGCCUUUGCAUCCUUCUACGUCACAUGAUAAUUUCAGCGUUCUGCAGAAUCAAAGUUUUAGUGGAAACUAUCAUCAUCAAAACCGCAUGUACGCAGCCAAUCAGAUAGGUGUCGCGACAACUCUGCCACACUCUGCAGAAGUAUUUCAUGGUCAGAUCGCUAAAAACAUCGAUAGCGAACAUGGACUCCACCCUCACUCAACACAGGGCCAGGAAGAGAGGUUCCCUAAUCGUGAAAUAAUAGGUAGUAGUGAGGAAGCAAUUGGAGGUACCCGCGACAGUGAAGUGGAAGAUGACGAGAGUCUAAUAAAUGAACGGAGUCAUCUGCUCCAAAUGAAACUACGAGAACUACAAAUGAAAAAACAGCACAUGGAAAAUUUGGUAUCAGAAUUCCAAAAGUUGCAAAUGGCCACCCGCUUAGCAAGCUCCCAUAACACAUAUUCAAGCUCUGGCGAAGAUAGUGGUGACGAUGAGCCAUCUCGUAAUUUAAAAUGUAAUAAAUCUGGAAAUAAUAGAAAGAAUGAAGAUCCUUUUAAAUUAAUGGAAAUCAAAGCUAUCAAAACGGCACUUCAAAAAACCAAAGAUCUCAUGAGAUCAGUUGAAAACUACGAAGCGGAAAAUAUGUCGGGUGCUCAUGACGAUUCCUUUCAACUCCCAAACCAUAAUAUACACGACAAUAAAUCUGAAGGAGGUGGUAGUGUGGGCGGGUGGUCCAAUGAUGGCAGUAUGUGUCGUGUGCGCAACUCUUUACAGCAACGACACAAGUUCACCAACGAGCAACAUUCACAACAACAACAUUUACAUCAACAUCAGCCACAACAACAUUUACAUCAACCGCAACCACAACAACAGCAAAGCCAUGAAGCUAAUAUAGCUUCACUUCAAGAAUUAGCACAAGAGUUGAGAAUGGAAACUGAAAAAAUCAUGGGCGAGAGAGCGCGCAUCAAGGAUAUGAUAUCGAAUAAAGAAGUGUCCCGCAAGCAUAAGAAGGUGAACGAAGAGGCAGUAGCGGGACCGAGUGGUGUGAACGCGCCGAGCGGCAGUAGCACUGCGAGCGGGCCACCGGGUCCGGCUGAGCGACGCCAGCUGCAGUUGCGUGCUCUGCUUGCCGACAAGCAACGCGAGCUCGAGGCUCUCCUCAACAAGGAAAAGGUGUUAUGUGCAGCAUCUGAAUGCCAAAAAUUAAAACAGGACUCGAGAACGGCCUCUGUAGUAAACCAGUCUUAUAAUAGCGAACAAGAAGAUCCCGACUCACGAUCAGAGCAGAUAAUGUUGGACUCGCAAAAUUCAAGAGAUAACGAAAAUUAUAGAGGUGGCAGUGGCGAGAAUGUUGUGAGUGGCAGAUCUAUGAAUACUGUACCAUCGCGCUUGGGAAGCACCUAUGGGAGUGACAGUGACAGCGCAUCGAGAAAUAAAUCAAACCAAUGGAACCGUACAAGAAGAAGACAACCACAAGAUCGACAAUCUGAAGAUAAUGGUACACAGUCAAAUAAUGCAAAUCAAAACGUACGUCAUGAGUCAAGGGCUGAAGCUUCGAAUAUUAACAUGGUGCCUCCGGUUACCCAAAAUCUGGAUAAUCCUGCGAACAUGCCGUAUUCCCACCUACCACCCCCAUGUUGGAACAGCACGAAAUCAAAUCAAGAUAUGCGUACAAACCAAUUCACGCAGAACAGCCAUUCGCAAACUAUGGAUCGUUUGCUCGGAACUCCACAAAUGUCCUACCCUCCGUCCAUGCCUUUCAACGUAAUGAUGCCGUAUGGAAUGGUGGGUGGAUGUGGAUGCGGCUGCAGCUUUUGGGGUGUGUGGUGUUGGCAACAACUGGUUAUGCAGCAGCGGGAGAUCCACCAGCUUAGAGAACAACUCAAUCAUUUGGAAGAACGUUGGCGUGCAGAAACAGUGUCACAUACUCUCAACAAUCAAGUACCACCAGGAAAUCGGGCUAAUAAUUAUUGGGAUAACUUUCGAAGUUAUUCUCGUCAGAAUCUUCUAUCUGCUAAUAGCAAGACCAAUGCUGAUGGACACUUGGGCGUAAGCCCUGCUCACAAUCCACAUCCACUAGUGGAAAGAUCUCAUAACACUCUACAUCAUACUUCGUCCUCGACGUCUCCGUCCAUUACACCCAAGAGAAAUACAAACGCUGCUACAUCCACACAAAAUGGUCCUACACAGUCUUUACCGACAAACAAUGAAGACAUGCUUAAUCACCAAGCUCGUAGAAAUAUGGCAUACGAAAGAUCUCUAUCUUUUUCAUCUGCACCAGAUGUUUUAAAUGUUAAUCAAAACUUAGAUGCUGAUGCAAGCUCCACUCCACAAUCCAGAAAUGUUGACGAAAGUAACAUUUCUGUCAAUGUUAAUAUAAAUCGACAAGAAUCUACAUCAAACCCAUUUAGAAGCUUGAAUAUAACAAGCCCAAUACCUGAAAUAAUUCAAGCACAUUCCAACAAUUUAAAUACAACAAAUAGUAAAAAAAAAUCUUCUUCGAAACUACCAGCUAAGAACUCUACAAACAGACGCAAUUUCACCUUGGAUUAUUCUCAAACAAGUAACAUUAAUAUCGCCAGUACAUCCGAAACACCAAAUCCAAAUUUGGCGUCUACAAGUAGAGAAGUGCAAGACAAAGCAACUUCUAAACUAUUCGAUCUUCUCAGAGAAAAUGUAUAUUCUGAAGUUACUGCUCUAAUCGGAGUGAACGAAUCUCACCCGGACUUCCUAAUACAGUUGUUUAGAGAACUUCAACUUAUCAGCUCAGAACCAUUACGUCAAAAAGUGCUUCAGUCUAUUCGGAACUUGUUGUCUCAAUACAGUUCUAUUAUUGAUAAUCAUAAUAAUGAGAGUUCUCACCAUGAGGCUAGACCAGAAGACGUAACUACUACUACAGAGCCAAGUACUUACCAAGAUUGUAAUGCAAUGUCGACUCAGAAUGCAUGCACUAGCACAGUAGAACUGGAUAACAAAGUUGCACGCUUUUUGUUACAUAAAAGCGAAGAAAUUUGCACAACUGAACUUCUAGAGUCACUGGCGUCGCAUAUUUUAUCUGCUGAUAGUCGAUAUACUCAGCAAUCAAAGAAAAGUAUUCUUGAAAUAUUGUCUAAAUACGAAGGCAUGCGACUGUGUAACGUAUCAAGUGAUAUAUAUCAAAUUAUUGAAAACUUGCCGUUAUUGUUUCCUAAUAACAAUGAAGUGGGAGAAUCCUCGCAACAUUCAGCAAGUAGAUCUGAGCCAUCUAUUUUACAAGACGUAGCAGGAUCAUUGAAUUUGUUCAGCUCAAGUGACACUCAACUACACCAGAUAAAUUCAUGUCCAUAUGACAUGUGGCCUGGUCACGUUCAUAUGGAUUUAGAUGCUGCUGACUUGAAUGAUAAUAGUCCCCGUUCUAGUCAAGAGGGAAAAGUAGAUCUCAUAAAUUGCUCUGAAAUGCAUAAUGGGGAUUUAGCAGAAGCGGAUCAAAGUCACUCUGAGGUAGUGGAGAAUGGCAGCAACGGCCAUGAUGAAAUGGAAGCCAAUGCAGAGGCGUUACCUGACGUGGUCGACACUGAAGAAGUGGCUCCGACAGAGGCGGAAGCAGAAUGGCUCGGGCUUGACCGUGUGCCAACAAGACUGCACAUGGAAGAAUCAUCUGAAAAACAAAAAGGUGAUAUUAGUGUUGUGAAAACGUAGAACAAACA